CUUAACUCACGAGACAAGUACCAGUGACUGAACUGAGAGGAUGGCCAGCAACUUUUUCAUAAUAGGCAUGAUCAUCUUAACACAGACUGUGGUUGGAAUCCUGGGGAAUUUCUCACUCCUUUGCAGUUAUAUUGUCUUUCACUUCAUGGGUUAUAGGUUAAGGUCCACAGAUUUGAUCCUUCAGCACCUGAUUGUGGCCAACUCCUUGGUCCUCCUCUCUAAAGGGGUCCCACACACAAUGGCAGUCUUUGGGUGGAAGCAUAUCCGCAGUGCUUUUGGCUGCAAACUUCUCUUCUUUCUGCACAGAGUGGGGAGGGGAGUGUCCAUCAGUAGCAUCUGCCUCUUGAGUGUCUUUCAGGUGAUCACAAUCAGUCCCUGGAACUCCAGGUGGGCAGUGCUGAAAGUAACAGCUCCCAAGUACACUGUUCCCUCUAUUUCCCUGUGUUGGAUCCUGCAAAUGCUGGUAAAUGUCAUUUUUCCUAUCUAUAUAAAUAGCAAAAUGAGUGACAGAAACAACACAAGCAAUAAAGAUUUUGGAUACUGUUCUACUAUUCUUACUGACCAUAAAAGUAGAAAAACCAGACAGGCCAUGUCUGCAGCAUUGCUGUUGCUCCCUGAUGUUUUAUGUUUGGGGCUCACACUCUGGGCCGGCAGCUCCAUGGUUCUCAUCCUGUACAGACAUAAGCAGCAGGUCCAGCACAUUCGUAGGACUGACGCCUCCUCCAGGUCCUCCCCUGAGUCCAGAGCUACUAAAUCCAUCCUUCUCCUCGGGAGCACCUUUGUCUACUCUUAUAUUCUUUCCUCCAUCUGUCAAGUUCUUUUGGCUCUUUUUGAUCCACCCAGCCGGUUCCUUGUGGGCAUCACUAUAAUCAUUGCAGCGUGCUUCCCAACUGUCAGCCCCUUUCUGCUCAUAAGCCAUAACUCCAGUGUACAAAGGCUCUACUUUGCCUGGAGAAGAAAUGCAAAGUCCUCCACUAUUAUGAGGAAAAUGUGA